AUGAACCAGCAGGAGUCGUACAGUAAAGGAGCGUUACGACACCAAGCGUCCGAAGGAUUCGAAAUCCUCAAGGAUGGCUCGUUCAUGGACAAGACGAUGAACCAGCAGGAGUACGUGACAGUCAAAGGGUACAGACAUAACCAGCAAGAAUUUGUAACUGUGAAGGGAGAGCGUUACGACACCAAGCGUCCGAAGGAUUCCGAAAUCCUCAAAGGCGAUGGCUCGUUCAUGGACAAGACGAUGAACCAGCAGGAGUACGUGACAGUCAAAGGCGAGCGUUACGACACCAAGCGUCCGAAGGAUUCCGAAAUCCUCAAAGGCGAUGGCUCGUUCAUGGACAAGACGAUGAACCAGCAGGAGUACGUGACAGUCAAAGGCGAGCGUUACGACACCAAGCGUCCGAAGGAUUCUGAAAUCCUCAAAGGCGAUGGCUCGUUCAUGGACAAGACGAUGAACCAGCAGGAGUACGUGACAGUCAAAGUGAAAGGAGAGCGUUACGACACCAAGCGUCCGAAGGAUUCCGAAAUCCUCAAAGGCGAUGGCUCGUUCAUGGACAAGACGAUGAACCAGCAGGAGUACGUGACAGUCAAAGGCGAGCGUUACGACACCAAGCGUCCGAAGGAUUCUGAAAUCCUCAAAGGCGAUGGCUCGUUCAUGGACAAGACGAUGAACCAGCAGGAGUACGUGACAGUCAAAGGCGAGCGUUACGACACCAAGCGUCCGAAGGAUUCCGAAAUCCUCAAAGGCGAUGGCUCGUUCAUGGACAAGACGAUGAACCAGCAGGAGUACGUGACAGUCAAAGGCGAGCGUUACGACACCAAGCGUCCGAAGGAUUCUGAAAUCCUCAAAGGCGAUGGCUCGUUCAUGGACAAGACGAUGAACCAGCAGGAGUACGUGACAGUCAAAGGCGAGCGUUACGACACCAAGCGUCCGAAGGAUUCUGAAAUCCUCAAAGGCGAUGGCUCGUUCAUGGACAAGACGAUGAACCAGCAGGAGUACGUGACAGUCAAAGGCGAGCGCUACGACACCAAGCGUCCGAAGGAUUCGGAAAUCCUCAAAGGCGAUGGGUCGUUCAUGGACAAGACAAUAAACCAGCAAGAAUUUGUAACUGUGAAGGGAGAGCGUUACGACACCAAGCGUCCGAAGGAUUCCGAAAUCCUCAAAGGCGAUGGCUCGUUCAUGGACAAGACGAUGAACCACAGAGACGGGGAGACUGACAGCAAAGGCGAGCGUUACGACACCAAGCGUCCGAAGGAUUCUGAAAUCCUCAAAGGCGAUGGCUCGUUCAUGGACAAGACGAUGAACCAGCAGGAGUACGUGACAGUCAAAGGUGAGCGCUACGACACCAAGCGUCCGAAAGAUUCGGAGAUCUUCGCAGGUGACGGGUCCUUCACCGACAAGACAAUAAAUCAGCAAGAAUUUGUAACUGUGAAGGGAGAGCGUUACGACACCAAGCGUCCGAAGGAUUCCGAAAUCCUCAAAGGCGAUGGCUCGUUCAUGGACAAGACGAUGAACCAGCAGGAGUACGUGACAGUCAAAGGCGAGCGUUACGACACCAAGCGUCCGAAAGAUUCGGAGAUCUUCGCAGGUGACGGGUCCUUCACCGACAAGACAAUAAAUCAGCAAGAAUUUGUAACUGUGAAGGGAGAGCGUUACGACACCAAGCGUCCGAAGGAUUCCGAAAUCCUCAAAGGCGAUGGCUCGUUCAUGGACAAGACGAUGAACCAGCAGGAGUACGUUACAGUCAAAGGCGAGCGUUACGACACCAAGCGUCCGAAGGAUUCCGAAAUCCUCAAAGGCGAUGGCUCGUUCAUGGACAAGACGAUGAACCAGCAGGAGGCGAGCUCGUUCAUGGACAAGACGAUAAACCAGCAAGAAUUUGUAACUGUGAAGGGAGCGUUACGACACCAAGCGUCCGAAGGAUUCCGAAAUCCUCAAAGGCGAUGGCUCGUUCAUGGACAAGACGAUGAACCAGCAGGAGUACGUGACAGUCAAAGGCGAGCGUUACGACACCAAGCGUCCGAAGGAUUCCGAAAUCCUCAAAGGCGAUGGCUCGUUCAUGGACAAGACGAUGAACCAGCAGGAGUACGUGACAGUCAAAGGCGAGCGUUACGACACCAAGCGUCCGAAGGAUUCCGAAAUCCUCAAAGGCGAUGGCUCGUUCAUGGACAAGACGAUGAACCAGCAGGAGUACGUGACAGUGAAAGGCGAGCGUUACGACACCAAGCGUCCGAAGGAUUCCGAAAUCCUCAAAGGCGAUGGCUCGUUCAUGGACAAGACGAUGAACCAGCAGGAGUACGUGACAGUCAAAGGGCUACGACCAAGAAGGAUUCGAAAUCCUCAAAGGCGAGGCUCGUUCAUGGACAAGACGAUGAACCAGCAGGAGAUGACAGUCAAAGGCGAGCGUUACGACACCAAGCGUCCGAAGGAUUCGAAAUCUAA